CGAUCGGCUCUCAUCUCAUCCUUCACUCCCUCAUUUGCUCGAUCUGCUUUAUCCUUCGCCUUUUUUUAAACGACAAGGGGAGAGGGAGAAAGGAACAAUAAUAAUGAUGGAAGCAAAGGCGACGAAGAUUAGCGCCGAUGAUAAUGUUAUCAGCGGUGACGAAGUUAAGAUCGAGAUAUUUUGGGUUGCAUGUCGUUUUCUUGGGGGGUUUUCCAAUUUUGGUUGGAUCGGGAGUUUCUGAUUCCUCUUCUUUUAUUUUUGCUUGAUUUUAUGCACAUAUGAGCGAGGAGAAAAAGCAGAUAGCUAGCUCAAACGGGCAUGGGCGAGUUCAAAAUGGUGGCGGAGUAGAGAAACAUUGUGGUCGAUUUCGAACGGCGGCGGCUAGGUGAAACGCUGAUGAAUUCGAAACAGUGUCGGGGAGAAAUGCCGGCGAGGGUUUAUGGGAAAAGGAGGGAUAAGGUGGGAUUCACCGACGAUGAGCCACAUUAGUGGUGAAGACAACAAUGGCAGAAAGGGGAGACUGCCUUUUGAAUCCAGGAGAGCAUCAUGUUGUUGUUUUGCCUAUGCCCAGGCUAUUGCGUGGUCAGCUGCUGGUUCAGCUAGAGUACCAUCAAUGAAGCCAAGUUUGUUCUUGCCCCCAAGAGCAUUGUGCAUUGCCUUACUCCAAUCGUUAUAGUUAGUGGUGGUGAGCUUCUCUGCAACAAGAAAUAGACCAGGUUUUCAUAUCCAUGGAGGUAGAAUGGAUCCGCCAUAGGGUCUGGAUUUGCUGC